GUAUCUAUCUGUUACACCUGCCCGCAGGCAGUAUACCUUGAUGGCUGUGGUGUAACCGCGUGAAUUGUUCUGGCAUAAGCGCUUAAAUAGUGUAGGUAAUAUUUGUUCACUAUGGGUCGAACUGUGUAUGAGGAUUGUAUAGGAUCAACUCAACCCAAAGAACCCAUACCAGGACUACCAGAUUACGGAUGGAGGGUCGCCAUCGACUACUCCAGUCCGGAAAGUUGUAAACCUUGGACCAGUCCUCGACUAAAACAAGUGAUCCAGAUGUUCUUUUUUGGACUCAGGUAUAUCUGGUUUUGGCUCCUGAAAAAGAUAGAAGGGAAAAGGCCAUUUAUUGAUAAUUUACGACAGAUUCCACAUUCUCCAAUAUACGGUGUUCCAAUUGGUGGCCUUGGAUGUGGCACUAUUGGGCGAGGAUAUAAAGGGGAAUUCUGUCGCUACCAGAUGAUCCCUGGCAUGUAUGAACAUGAAGUUAUUGUGGCCAAUCAGUUCAUCGUGUGUGUCCGGCGUAAGGGAGAGACUGUCUAUCAGCAAGUCCUCUCUCCAUCCAAACCUCAGAAUAAAAGUCAUCUCAACGCAUGGCAGUGGAAUUACAAUGGUUCUCAUGGUGUCUACCAAGGUCUCUACCCACGGUCCUGGACUGUGUAUGAUAUCCCUGAGCAAAACAUUCGUCUCAUCUGUCGUCAAAUAUCUCCAGUAUUCCCCCAUGAUUAUCAGGACACAUGUCUGCCAGUGGCUGUGUUUAUUUGGCAAGUUGAGAACAGUGGAGAAGAGGAUGUGGAUGUCAGUGUAACAUUCACGUUUAAAAAUGGUUUGGGGACAAAGGAGGAUGGAAUUGGUGGGGCCUGGACCGAGCCAUUCAUCAGUGAGGGGUCUACAGCAUCUGGGGUCAUGAUUCAUCAGCAGUUCAAACACAUGCCAUGUACAUAUGGUGUCUCAGCAGCUCAAAGGGAUGGUGUGAGUGUAAGCCAUAAGCUGUCAUUUAAUCCCAAAGGUUCAGGGCAUGAGUUGUGGUCGGACUUGUGGCAAAAUGGCAGCCUAAAACCAGGCACACCACGAGGUUCAGAGAACAGAACUGUGAAGAGUGAGGAAGUAGGCGUGGCUGUGUGUGGGCUGAGGACUGUCAAAGCUCACUCCACAGGGCAGGUGGAAAUGUGCCUUACAUGGGACAUGCCCAUCAUUCAUUUUGGUGCUAACGGCAAACGCUAUGCAAGGCGCUAUACCAGAUGGUUUGGGACAGAAGGAAAUGCCUCUCCAGACCUAGCCAGGCAUUGUUUCAAACAUUAUCCAUUUUGGGAGGAAAAGAUUGAAGCUUGGCAAAGUCCCAUCUUACAGAAUCCCAAACUUCCAAACUGGUAUAAAUCCGCCCUAUUCAAUGAGUUGUACUUCAUCACUGAUGGAGGCACGGUAUGGGUAGACCCCAUAGAUGAUUUCUCUGAUGUGACAGACAGUGAAACUGAAGCCAAACCAUUUUAUCCACACAUCAAAGAGUAUGGCAAAUUUGCUUAUCUGGAAGGCCAUGAGUAUAGGAUGUACAACACCUAUGAUGUCCACCAUUAUGCCUCCUUUGCCCUCACCAUGCUUUGGCCCAUGUUACAGCUGUGUAUCCAGUAUGAAUUUGCUGAAGUGAUAAUGCAGGAAGACUUGCGCCAGGUGAAGUUCCUGUUUACUGGCCACACGGAACCUCUGAAACCUCACAGCGUGGUCCCUCAUGACUUGGGGGACCCAGAAAAUGAGCCAUGGCUACAGGUGAAUGCUUACCUAAUACACCCCACGUACAUGUGGAAGGACCUCAACCUGAAGUUUGUCCUGCAGGUGUACAGGGACUAUGUUGCUCUCGGCAAGGUGGACUACCUAGUGGACAUGUAUCCAGUGGUCAAGGCUGUGAUGGACUACUCCCUACAGUGGGACACAGACAAUGACGGUGUCAUUGACAAUGGAGGCUUUCCUGACCAGACUUAUGAUGGCUGGAUGUCAACGGGAGCCAGUGCAUACUGUGGAGGCAUAUGGCUGACUGCAGUGCGUAUGAUGGUAGAGAUCGGCCUGUUGUUGGAAAAGCAUGAAGAUGUCAUUAAGUAUCAGGAAAUUCUGGACCGUGGCAAGAAAUCUUUCAGCGAAAAGUUGUGGAAUGGUCGUUAUUACAACUACGACGCAAGUGAGAACAGUUACCAUGACAGCAUCAUGGCAGACAUGUUGUGUGGUCCAUGGUACCUCAAGGCAGCUAAACUCCAGGAUGAACAGGUGUUCCCUUCUGAGUUCAUCCAUUCAGCUCUGAAGGUCAUCUAUGAGACCAAUGUGAUGUCCUUUGCCAAUGGUAAAAUGGGAGCCAUCAAUGGCAUGAGACCCAAUGGGAAGAAGGAUCUAUCCAGCGUGCAGUCGGAUGAGUUCUGGGUGGGGACAACGUAUGCAUUAGCAGCUACCAUGAUCCAGGAGGGUAUGGUAGAGGAAGGCUUCCGGACUGCCAGUGGCCCUUACCACAUGUGUUACGAACACAUGGGCCUGGCGUUCCAGACUCCCGAGGCCUACUUUGAGAGUCGAUGUUACCGCUCCCUGGGCUACAUGCGGCCCCUGGCCAUCUGGGCCAUACAGUGGGCGCUACAAACAUGGCAACCACAGCUGCUGUUUGGUAUCGGAGACAAGCCCACGAUCCGUGAUAAGCUGGAUGGUGGUGGAGAGCCAGACGUUCUCAUGGAAGGUACCAUACAACUGAGCCCUGUCGCAGAGGUCACUGGCAGUGCUGAGGGAGACAGUGAUAGCACUGCAUUACUUGACAACAUCAGUAUUGGGCUCAAACCGGAUUAACAUUGUUGUUCAGUGUGUUGACAUGCACUUGUUGUGCACAGCAUAAUAUGGUGCAUGAUCAUCAUCCAAAUGUGUUGAUAUGGUGCAGGAUCAUCAAACAAAUGUGUUGAUAUGGUGCAUGAUCAUCAUCCAAAUGUGUUGAUAUGGUGCAGGGUCAUCAACCAAAUGUGUUGAUAUGGUGCAUGAUCAUCAUCCAAAUGUGUUGAUAUGGUGCAGGAUCAUCAACCAAAUGUGUUGAUAUGGUGCCUUCCAUUUCUUGAUGAACUGCAUGCUAAGGUGUUUAAAACACUUCUGAAAUUGAUCCACAACAACAACAAUGAAAUAAAAUUAGGGUAUUUGAUAGUAUAUUUUAUUGUUGUUCAUAAUCAGGGAAUAUUUAUGAUAUACAUUGUAUCUUGCCCUUCUGAGCAUUUAAAAUUGGCCGAGACUGAGAGCAGACAAUGAUAAUCAUGAGGACUAUUUAUUUUUACUCCAGGCUUAAAUAGGGCUGCGCCAAAUUACCUCCCUUGAGGCCACUCUCCUGUUUAAAAGACAUGUUUUUAGGAGUUUUCAACUGUGGUUAGGUGGUACCUCAGAAAAUGGUUAAUGACAUGUUUGGGAGAUAAAGCAGCGUAAGUUAGUUGAAUAACUAGCUUUAGAACAGAUUUUGAUAUUGUAAACUGAUAUGGAAAUCUCAAGGUAAACAUUAACAGUAUCUAAUUUUUUAAUCCAUUUGGAGGUAAUGUAAAAAUCCUGGUCCUAAUUAAAUACAGUAAAGAGCUUCAAUGAACUCCAUAAAUUGUGUACAUUCUAACUAAUCUGAAAACAUAAGACUUCAUUUAAGAUCUCUCGACAUUUCUGUGACUAUCAGAAGCUGAGGUAUGCUUAUUUAUAUUCUGUUGUCUAAAAAUAGGCGUAGGUGUCCUGACAAAGCCUACAUAAUGCGUGCUUUAACACUUCUUGUAGCUUCGCGGCUUAAAAACUAAUCUUGUGUUAUGUUAUAGUCGCUGACGUGGAACAAGGGAGGUAAUUCAGAAGAGGCCUAUGCAGCUGGUAUUCAGGUCUAUUGAUAGGCAAAUAGCAUUUCAUGUCACAACAUAACCGUGUUGUGACAAAAGGACAUAACUCUGAUCUGGAAUUGUGCCUUGUGUAUUGUGAAAUGAGAACUUUCUUAUCUAACAACCCAGGAGCCUCUCACCUAUGCAGUCGCGGCAAGUUCAGGUCCAGCUCAUGCUGGGAAGGUCUGUCAUUAACCUGCAGAUGGUCGUGGGUUUCAUCCGGGCUCUGUCUUAUCUAACGCUCACUGAAUUAUGUGUUUUGAUUUGAUACCAUCUCAGGUAUUAUUCAUCUGAUGAUAGGUUACUUUACAAUUUGUACUGAAAAACCUACCCAAGUAAGAGGACAUAAAAGUGUGUUGGUCCUUGAACGAGAAAAAAAAAACCAACACUUACUCAAAUGAAUCUAUAAAGGAUUUUAUAUUUUAAGAAUAUGAUAGAAAAUCAUCAGUGAUGUGUUAAAUAUUUAUCUUUUUAAGUCAG